AUGUCCAUCACACCCUCAUCACUCCCUCAUCACACCCUCAUCACACCCUCAUCACACCCUCAUCACACCCUCAAAGACUCAUCACUCCCUCAAAGACUCAUCACACCCUCAUCACACCCUCAAAGACUCAUCACACCCUCAUCACACCCUCAAAGACUCAUCACACCCUCAAAGACUCAUCACACUCUCAUCACACCCUCAAAGACUCAUCACACCCUCAAAGACUCAUCACACCCUCAAAGACUCAUCACUCCCUCAAAGACUCAUCACACCCUCAUCACUCCCUCAAAGACUCAUCACACCCUCAAAGACUCAUCACUCCCUCAUAGACUCAUCACUCCCUCAAAGACUCAUCACACCCUCAUCACUCCCUCAAAGACUCAUCACACCCUCAUCACUCCCUCAAAGACUCAUCACACCCUCAAAGACUCAUCACUCCCUCAAAGACUCAUCACACCCUCAUCACUCCCUCAAAGACUCAUCACACCCUCCAAGACUCAUCACUCCCUCAUAGACUCAUCACUCCCUCAAAGACUCAUCACACCCUCAUCACUCCCUCAAAGACUCAUCACACCCUCAUCACUCCCUCAAAGACUCAUCACACCCUCAAAGACUCAUCACACCCUCAUCACUCCCUCAAAGACUCAUCACACCCUCAAAGACUCAUCACACCCUCAUCACUCCCUCAAAGACUCAUCACACCCUCAAAGACUCAUCACACCCUCAAAGACUCAUCACACCCUCAUCACUCCCUCAAAGACUCAUCACACCCUCAAAGACUCAUCACACCCUCAAAGACUCAUCACUCCCUCAAAGACUCAUCACACCCUCAAAGACUCAUCACACCCUCAUCACUCCCUCAAAGACUCAUCACACCCUCAAAGACUCAUCACACCCUCAAAGACUCAUCACACCCUCAAAGACUCAUCACACCCUCAAAGACUCAUCACACCCUCAAAGACUCAUCACACCCUCAAAGACUCAUCACACCCUCAAAGACUCAUCACACCCUCAUCACUCCCUCAAAGACUCAUCACACCCUCAUCACUCCCUCAAAGACUCAUCACACCCUCAUCACUCCCUCAAAGACUCAUCACACCCUCAUCACUCCCUCAAAGACUCAUCACACCCUCAUCACACCCUCAAAGACUCAUCACACCCUCAAAGACUCAUCACACCCUCAUCACACCCUCAAAGACUCAUCACACCCUCAUCACACCCUCAAAGACUCAUCACACCCUCAAAGACUCAUCACACCCCCGUUACACCCUCAUCACUCCCUCAUCGCUCCCUUGUCACACCCUCAUCACUCCCUCUCCCUGGGGCCUGGGCAGAGCUCGGCUGACCCACUUCCGCUCUCUGCUGAGUCAAGACGGGCUCAAGAUGCUACAUGAGGAGUUAGCAUCACCGUCGCUAUGUUUAGAAACGAGGACACACACUUUGACGCACAAAGAGGAGAACAACACAAUAGUAUGA